AUGGUCGUCAAUGCUGUCGACAGCACAACCUUGGAGGGUCAUAUCCUCCCCUCCAGCACGCAAAUGGUCCCGGUCGACUUGAGUCGCGUCAAGAAGAAUAAGAGCCCUCAGAUCUCCUUGGUCGAGAAUAGUAAGGACUUCUACCUCGGAGGAACUCUCGUGGUAGCAAAGUCGCUGUGGGAACUCUGUAACUCAGGGGCUUCCUCGGAACCGCCACCACGAGUUCCCCAGCAGCAGCAGCCUCCAUUGCGUAAACAAGCCGCCCCGCCCAAGUGGAAGGAAGAAGCUGACAAGUUGGGAUUCACGUACUUCCGACAGUUGCAUGCAUACAAGUUCCUCACGAAAUAUAACGCCACGCAGCUAGCAAGCUACCUCAGUGACAAGCAGAUUAAGAGUAUUGCUAAGAACGCGAAGAUAUGGGGAGAUAAGAUCCGUGCCAAGGACGGGUACAGUGACGAAUACCUAGACGACCUGUUGGUCCUAGCAUUGUUCGACACGAUCCUCUUCCUAGACAACUCAUGGUCUAUGAACGACUCAAACGAGCCCACGGAGGAGCUCCAAGAUAUCGCCGGGAGCAUCGUUGAAGUCGAGAGCAUCUACGACAACACGCCUUCCGUCCGUAUCGAGUUCCUGAACGGCAAGCCCCGAGACGACACCGCCGAAACCGCCAACGAGGUGAGGGAACUGAUUGCCAAUAUAAACAACUUCGGAACCACCCCGCUCGGAGCCCAGCUCAGAAAAAAAGAUACUGGACCGGUUCGUGUACCCCAAGCUACAAGCAAAAGGCACCUUUCGGCCUGCGCUUAUCUGCGUAAUCACGGACGGCCUGACCCUGCCGAGAAGGGUAGAUUCCAAAACGAGAUUGAUGAGUGCAAGAAACUACUGAGGGAUCACGACAGGACAAAGUUUGGAGAAAAACAUGUGCUCUUUCAGAUCUCCCGAGUGGGAAAGCUACGCGAGGCCGAACAGUUCAUAAAAAGCCUCAAAGCCGAUCCGGAGCUGAAGAAUAUCCUUCAUGUCACCUCUUAUCAACAGCUCGAUUUCACAGACGACAGCAACGACCCUAUCUUCAUGUACUCUGCGGCUAUCUCCAGACUUGCUGGCGCUGCCCUCCUUGGUACCUGUCACACUUGA